GACAGGGGCUGCAGCGCCCGCGACUCUCCGGCAGCGGCGGCGGCGGCGGCCACCCGGGAUGUCCCCGGGCGCUUCGUGAGUGGCUGGCAGCGCGACUCGGCGGGCCUCGCACGCCCCCCGCCCUCGCUCGCUCGCUGGCUCGCUGGCUCGCUCGGGCCCGCGCUGCGUCGGCCGCGCCGCGGUGGAGGCGCGGGAGGGGGACGCGGCCAGGGAUGAGCUGAUUGCGGCUAAAUACGCCGCCGAAGGGCCCGAGAGGCCGUGAGGAGCCGCCUUUCUCCGAGUCGCCGCCCUGCCCUUGGAUUUGAGAUCAUGUCCAUUCACAUAGUGGCGCUGGGGAACGAGGGGGACUCGUUUCACCAGGACAAUCGGCCGUCGGGGCUCAUCCGCACUUACCUGGGGAGAAGCCCGCUGGUCUCCGGGGACGAAAGCAGCUUGUUGCUGAACGCGACCAGCACGGUCGCGCGUCCCGUGUUCACCGAGUAUCAGGCCAGCGCGUUUGGGAAUGUCAAGCUGGUGGUCCACGACUGUCCCGUCUGGGACAUUUUUGACAGUGAUUGGUACACCUCUCGAAAUCUAAUUGGCGGCGCUGACAUCAUUGUGAUCAAAUACAACGUAAAUGACAAGUUUUCAUUUCACGAAGUGAAGGAUAAUUAUAUUCCGGUGAUAAAAAGAGCAUUAAAUUCAGUCCCAGUAAUCAUUGCUGCUGUUGGUACCAGACAAAAUGAAUUACCUUGCACAUGCCCGCUAUGCACCUCCGACAGAGGGAGCUGUGUCAGUACGACGGAGGGGAUCCAGCUUGCUAAAGAACUAGGAGCUACCUAUCUGGAACUACACAGCCUUGAUGACUUCUACAUAGGAAAAUAUUUCGGAGGAGUGUUGGAGUAUUUUAUGAUUCAAGCCUUAAAUCAGAAGACAAGUGAAAAAAUGAAGAAAAGGAAAAUGAACAGCUCGUUUCAUGGAAUUCGACCACCUCAGCUUGAACAACCAGAAAAAAUGCCCGUCUUAAAGGCUGAAGCAUCACAUUAUAACUCUGACUUAAAUAACUUGCUGUUUUGCUGCCAGUGUGUGGACGUGGUAUUUUACAACCCAGAUUUAAAGGAGGUGGUAGAGGCCCACAAGAUUGUGCUCUGCGCCGUAAGCCAUGUUUUCAUGCUGCUUUUCAAUGUGAAGAGCCCUGCUGAUAUUCAGGAUUCCAGUAUCAUCCGAACUACCCAGGAUCUCUUUGCUAUAAACAGAGAUACUGCCUUUCCAGGUGCUAGCCAGGAUUCUCCAGGCAACCCACCAUUACGAGUCGUCGUUAAAGAUGUCCUCUUCUGUUCGUGUUUAUCGGACAUUCUGCGCUUCAUUUAUUCAGGUGCUUUCCAGUGGGAAGAAUUGGAAGAAGAUAUCAGGAAGAAGUUGAAAGAUUCUGGGGAUGUUUCAAACGUAAUUGAGAAAGUUAAAUGCAUUUUAAAAACACCAGGAAAGAUUAAUUGCCUAAGGAAUUGCAAAACCUAUCAAGCCAGAAAACCUCUGUGGUUUUACAAUACUUCCCUCAAGUUUUUCCUUAAUAAACCAAUGCUUGCUGAUGUUGUCUUCGAAAUACAAGGUUCAACGGUGCCGGCGCACAGGGCCAUCCUGGUGGCCCGUUGUGAAGUGAUGGCAGCCAUGUUUAAUGGGAAUUACAUGGAAGCAAAGAGUGUUCUGAUUCCAGUUUAUGGUGUUUCCAAAGAGACUUUCUUGUCAUUCUUGGAAUAUUUAUACACAGACUCUUGUUGUCCAGCUGGCAUUUUCCAGGCCAUGUGCCUCCUGAUCUGUGCUGAGAUGUACCAGGUGUCCCGAUUGCAGCACAUAUGUGAGCUGUUCAUCAUCACGCAGCUGCAGAGUAUGCCAAGCCGGGAACUGGCAUCCAUGAACCUCGAUAUUGUGGACCUGCUCAAAAAAGCCAAGUUUCACCACUCUGAUUGCCUUUCAACCUGGCUACUUCAUUUCAUUGCCACUAACUACCUCAUCUUCAGUCAAAAGCCUGAAUUUCAGGAUCUUUCAGUGGAAGAACGCAGCUUUGUUGAAAAGCACAGAUGGCCAUCGAAUAUGUACUUGAAGCAGCUUGCGGAAUACAGGAAGUAUAUUCACUCCCGGAAAUGCCGUUGCUUAGUAAUGUAACCUGGCGCUAUUAUAUACAUAUACUUUUUAAAUUAUUGUUAUGAAGAAUGGGAUACCUCUGGUUUCCAGUAAAAUUCUUGUGACUGCAAUAUGGGCGUUAAAAAAAAUAAUAAUAAUAACACCAUACAGCUUGAUGUGUUUAUUGGCUCCAUUUGAAAAAACUGUUGUGAUCUUAAAAGGGAGCAAAACAUACCAUAGAAUAAAUCUAAAGCUUCACCCUAGUGUGUAAAGCUGUUGUACAGCUACUUUUACCCUUUAAGAUGCCCUGUUGCUUUAGUGAUAUUAAUAACCUUCCCAGUUAAGACAUGUUUAAAUUUUUUAAAAAAAAUCGUAAUAGGAUUAAUACAAAAAUUUUAUCAUGUCUGAUUAAUUGCUAUGUUAAAAUAAGGGGUAUUAAAAGGCCCAGUGUCAAUAUUUCUAUAAUGAAAAAUCUAGGGGAAGACUGAUCAAUCUGAGACUUUAGGAAUUUAAAUUUGUCUGGGAUUUUGAAUCUGAAAUGUCACUUGGUUCCAAAUCAGUGACAGUAUUUGAACCAUCAUGAAAAGGAAUUCUGUUUUUUUAUCUGAACAACCCAGUCGAGACACCUUGUCUCUUCCCUGGGAUUCCAUGAGGCAGGAAAUCUAAAUGGGAUGACUUUAUUUAUGAUCAGGUCACCCGGGUAGUUGUACUGUGUAGUUGUACCCACGCUCUGAAGGGCGCCUGCUUUGUUCAAUGCUCUGCUGUCGCAAUCUUGAAAUUGAAACUAAUGUUUAAAGAAGGGCACCCUGCAUUUCCACUUUGUACUGGGCCCUCCAAAUUAUGUCUGUCUCCUAGCAGGAUGUGUACUAUGUUUUGUUGUUCAAACAUCAUUCUCCUUGAAAACAGAAAAGAGACGCUGACAUCAAGGAAAGAGAAGGGGGCUUUCUGGAGGGGAGGGAGAAUAUGGGGAUUCUGGGAUCUUUGGAGAAGUUCCCAAAGAACUCCCAAAGAACCACCCAGGGCCUCUGCUGCCACCUCAACUGGCAAGUGGAACAUGCCUUGUGUUGUCUUAGCUUUAAAGUAGUUCUGGCUCUGUCACAGGCGAACAAAUAUUUUAUUGAUCAUUCUGUAAGACCAGGAUGUUGGUAAAAAGGAACUGACCGGCAUGACUUUAAUACGAAUUUAUAAAGAUGCUCAUAGGAAAAGAUGCUUUCUAGAGAAUUCUUUGUUGAAGGCUCAAGACGUUUUUGUUUUAGUGUAUGAAUUCUUUCUGAGGACCAGAAGGUUAUUUGAUGAGGAGUAGCGUGAAUCUUGUCCUUCAAGAUUGUGUAGUAGGUUAAAAGAAAGGAUAUAAAAUGAGAGACUUUGUUACAUGUAGAGAAAAUGGUACUAGGAUAGAGGACAGAAUUAUAGUUUCUCUUGUAUUACAUGUCAACAGAAAUAGUUACAUCAGAGGCUCACAAGCUGAGAGAUGGAAAACUAGAUUACUAUUUUAUGAUUAGCAUAAUUUUCAUCUGUAAUGCAGUAUUGGAUAUAUUUUUCUUUUAAUUUCCACUUACUUUAGAAUACACAUAAUUUUCCAACUGUUCAAAGGUUUGAUUAAACUGUUUUAUACUAUAGCAUUAGAAUCUCAUACAGUUACCUUAGAUAUAUACCAACACUGUCUGAGUAAAACAGUAAAAAUUCCCUGCAUAUGUCUUCCAAGACCUGAUUUUAAUUGAAUUGUGUUGGUGAAGAUUACUGGAAUGCAUUUUGUGUUUUUUGUAUUUUAAUCGCUUGAGUUAAUCAACUAUUGGCAAAUCCCAUUUGACAAGGAUAAGCAUUGUAAAGAAUAGAUACUGUAGUAUAUUUCUAGAAAUUCACUCACAUUUAAGAACUUUUAAAAUUACAAUGAUAGCAUUUUAUUCUUCAUAAAGCAUAUUCUUACCCCUAUGUGAAUUAUAGCACUUAAAAUUCUGAAUUAGUAACUUUCAAUCUAGGGAACUGAAAAAUAUAGGUUCUAAAGCAAAAUAUUUUCUUGCAAAUACUAUUUAACCUUUAAAUAGACCAUAGAUAAUUUUUGGGUUGCUUCGAGUUACGUUUGGAAGUUGUUGUUCUGUUGGCGUUGAGUAUGUAGUUUUUAUUAUGAAAGUUCUUUGCCACCUGUGUGACUCAAAUACACAGAUGUCACGGCUCUCCAGAGCUAUAAUAAAAUUAGAUAUUAAACCUAGAUUAAAACCUUUGAAUUAACUCAAUUUAAAAUAACAAAUUAAAAAAUGCUUUGAAGCUAUCUUGUAGAAAUGAAUACUCUUUUGCGUUUUGUUUUUUAAUUGAAAGAUUAUUUCUGGAUGAAUGUAUGCUCUGUACUGGUCUCUGCUUCAAUAUAUUUACCAAUCAUUUUAAUUAGAGAAGAUACGGUAUUGUAGAAUUAAGGCCUUUUCUUUCUAGGCCAGGUUUUCACCUUAUGUAACCCUUUGUAUAGUACUUCUGACUGUGUUCAUAUUGUAGACGAGUAGGCUUGUGACACAGAAGUUUCAGUAACAUAACUGAAAUUCAUCCUGUCCAAGCCAGCAUGCGGUCUUCAUAUUAGGCAGUAGCAGAAAACUGAAGAAUUGGAUAAAGUUGACUUCUGAGACAGCUAAACUUUUCAAUUAUAAUUUUAAAAACUACACUACACUGACACAGUUAAUUAGACAGAAACGUCAAGAGUAUUUUAUUUUAAGCGUCUGUUUAAUUCAAUCUUUAAUAAUUUUGCAAAGAAGGGUAUGUAUGUAUUUUAAUAUAGCCUGACCUGAAUUUAUAUGUUUUUAGCUUUAGUA